AUGCCUCCUCUCUGGGCCCUGCUGGCCCUCGGCUGCCUGCCUCUCGGCGUGGGUGUGAACCUCCAGCCCCAACUGGCCAGUGUGACCUUUGCCACCAACAACCCCACCCUCACCACUGUGGCCUUGGAAAAGCCUCUCUGCAUGUUUGACAGCUCAGAGGCCCUUGGCAGCAACUAUGAGAUCUACCUCUAUGUCCUCGUCGACCUAGCCAGCUCCAGGAACGCCUCCGUGCAGGACCAUAGCAGGACCCCGCUGAGCUCCACGUUCCAGCAGACAGAGGGAGGGAGGACGGGCCCCUACAAGGCUGCGGCCUUUGACCUGGCCCCCUGCAGUGACCUGCCCAGCUUGGAUGCCCUAGGGGACGUGGCCCGGGCCUCGGAAAUCCUGAAUGCAUACCUCGUCAGAGUGGGUGCCAACGGGACCUGCCUGUCAGACCCCAACUUCCCGGGCCUCUGCAACCCGCCCCUGUCGGCAGCCACGGAAUACAGGUUCAAGUACGUCCUUGUCAAUAUGUCCACGGGCUUGGUACAGGACCAGACACUGUGGUCCGACCCCAUCCGCACCAAGCGGCUCACCCCGUACUCAGCGAUCGACACGUGGCCGGGCCGGCGGAGCGGGGGCAUGAUCGUCAUCACGUCCAUCCUGGGCUCCCUGCCCUUCUUCCUGCUCGUUGCCUUUGCUGGUGCCAUUGUCCUCAGCCUUUUGGACACGGGCAGCUCGGACAGGGAAACUACACACGACUCCCAGAUCACGCAGGAGGCUGUCCCCAGGUCCCUGGGGACCUCAGAGGCUGCGUACACGUCUGUGAACCGGGGGCCGCCGCUGGACAGGGCUGAGGUGUACAAGAGCAAGCUCCAGGAUUGA